AUGUGCCACCUGCUCUUGCUGUCAAUCGGUAAUGCAGGCGCACAGUAUGGCAUUAUCCAAAGCUGUUCGCCGCUUUUGAUCUGCAAGCUUGGAGGUUACUACCUACUCGGGCUGUACAGUAGCAUGCUCGUCUACCGUGGGUUUUUCCACCGUCUAUGCCAAUUCCCCGGGCCAUUCCUGGCACGACUGUCCAAUUUCUACCUUACGAGGCUGUCGGCCAAGAACUUGCAUCUGUAUGAAGAGGUACAGGCUCUGCACCGGGAAUAUGGUGACAUUGUACGCGUGGGCCCCUCCGAGCUAUCUAUCACCCAUCCGGACGCCGUCAAAGCAAUUUACAGCAAUGCAUCACCCGUUACCAAAGGACCAUGGUAUACACUGCUCGACCCGCGUGUUUCUUUGUCAUUCUCGCGCGAUAAACAGGUCCACGCCCGUCGACGGAGGGUCUGGGAUCGGGGGUUUAGUACUAAGGCCCUCCACGCUUACGAGCCCGUUGUGCAAAUGUACUCGAAUCAAUUGGCCAAUGUGAUUGACCGCGACCUUGACCAGCCCAUUGACAUCACACGAUGGCUGAGUUACUAUGCCUUCGACGUGAUGGGCAAUCUAGCAUUUGGCAAAACUUUUGAUAUGAUCCGUGAUGGAAAGGAAUCAUAUUUCCUCCGGACAAUUCGCACUGAUAUGGGUGUGAUUGGCUAUCUCAAACACCAGCCCUGGUUGUUUCCAUUGUUUGCGAAGACACCGCUGGUGAAUGCUAACCAUCUGGCAUUUUGGAAGUGGAUUGAGGAUCGCAUGACGGAGCGAAUUGAGUCAUGGAAAGAAGGAGAUCGUCGGGAUGUUUUCGCCUGGAUCCUUGAUGAGUAUCUCAAGGGGCCUCGGACUCAGCAGGAUACGCUCAACCUCCAUGGUGAUGGGUAUUUGAUUGUUGUGGCGGGGAGUGACACGACCUCCGCUACCAUGACUCAUCUAUUCUUCCAUCUUGCCCGGAAUAAGAAACUCACUGAAGAGCUCCAACGACAGCUAGACGCACUCUCCAACCACAACGACGACUCCCUCGCCGAACUUGACUUACUUGAUGCCAUCAUCCAUGAAUCUCUCCGUCUUCACCCUGCCGUCCCGUCUGGUGUCCAACGCCUUACUCCCGCGGAAGGUAUCACAGUCGAUCCACGUGCCUUUGACCAUCCAGAUGAAUUCAUUCCCAAGAGAUGGACGACGCAGCCGGAGUUGGUCAAGGAUCGUUCCAACUUUAUUCCUUUUUUGACUGGAUCAUACGCCUGUGUCGGGCGACGUCUGGCACUGAUGGAGAUUCGUCGCGUCACUGCAGACCUGCUGUCACGGUUCAACAUUUCUUUCGCGCCUGGGCAAUCUGAAAAGACUUUCCUGGAUGGUAAAGUGGAUGCAUUUACGCUGGUCGCGGCGCCGCUGUGGUUGGAAUUCUCGAGAAGAGAUAAAAAAUAG